CACGCACAAGGGCACCAUAUAAACUCUUAUGGGCUAAAAUUACAGGAAAAACACUAGUUUUCCAACUACAGUAAACGGCAGACUGCCAGAUGACCCUCCCGUGCUCCCAGUCUGCACAGGGAGGAGCUAGAAAUCAGCGGCACCGGCUGCUCCCUCCACAUCGGAUCAGAACAGUCAGGCUGCAGACGGAGGAUGAAUUAAAUCGAGGAAAUGCGCCUUCUCCACUUCUCCCGAUCCUGAUGUGAGAGCUCCACAUCCUCGCGUUUGUCACCCUUUGACCAUGAACUCAGCUGCGCGCACUCAGGCAGACCAGCUCCGUUUGCAGCUUCUCCUCGAGCAGAGAUGAUGUGCAGAUCCUGAAGCGUUUUCUCUGGAGAAACCAGAGUGGAGUUCUGCAGGUGGGCAUCAUGUCCCUGUGGAUGAUCAUCCCUGUCAGCCUGCCGGUCUUCACCAUCACAGGAAUAUGGGUGGUAUAUGCGAUAGCCCUGUACAACCAACACGUCUGCCCUGUGCAUAACUGGCUUUACAAUGAGUCAUGUGCGGAGCAGCUGCCAUUACAGACGGGUCCUGUCCUGUGCUGCACCCCAGACAACAUCCCACUCAUCAGUAAAUGUGGAUCUCUGCCUCCUGAAAGUUGCUUUUUCAGUCUCAUAUGCAGCACUGGAUCCUUUCUGGUGAUGCUGAUCGGCCUGCUGCAUUAUGCUCAUGUCAUAGAGAAACACCGGAACUGUGUUCUCAACACAGCCAGCCUCUCCACCGGAUGGAUCUGUGCUGCUGGGCUCAUCAUGGUGGGAAACUUUCAGGUGGACUUUGCCAAAGUCCUCCACUAUGUCGGCGCUGGAGUUGCCUUCCCGUCCAGCAUGCUCUUUGUGUGCCUUCAGUCGGCUCUGACCUACAGACUGGCCAAGACCCGGGAGGAGUCCUGGAUAGGUCACGUUCGUGUGGGGAUGACCCUGCUGGCACUGAUCGCCCUGGUGCUCAGUGCAGUUUUCUUUUGCCAGGAAAGUUUCACCCUGCAGCACACCUCUGCAAUCUUUGAGUGGAUCUACUGCAUGCUCAUUAUGCUCUUCUAUGGGACUUUUGCCUUUGAGUUCGGGGGCAUGUCAGGGGACACCCUGAUGGUCCUGUCCAGAGGAGGGGGAGUACACAGCUUCCCCACAUCUGAACACAAAACAGAGGUGGGUGGAGGGUCCAGCCACCACCAGCCAGAGAGUUUGUCGAUCCUCUAACUGACCUACAGUGUAGCCUCAGAGACACUAGGGGUCAAAGGGCACAACAUGCACCAAUCUGAAAGAUGCCAGAGCCUGGAGGCUGCAUCCUGCAUAUCACCACGCUCACUGCUGCACACAGCCAUAACAGCAAAGCUGCUCUCCUCAGUAGUGGCCAAAGACUGACAUGCUUUGCAAAAGCACAGGCUAAACUGCAAAACAUUGCAUAAUAUUCUAAGUGCCUAUUUGAAUGCAAAAGCCAGCAAAAAGAUCCCCUUGUACAUGCAGACGAACACAGUUUUCAAUGUUUGUUUUAUUUCUUUUAAUGUAACAAUCACUCUGUGAAACCUUGGCGGAAAUUGCCUUUUUUCAGAUCGAACUUCCUGACAGUGCCUUAGAUGUCACUCCUCGCCGAGCAGAGUGAAGCAGCGGCAGCACUGGUGCUUGGACACCAAGCUCUGUAUUGUUUCUUCUCAGGAAGUUUUGUUACAUCAUCAUCUUUUGCUCUUUACCUCAGUAGAAAGGUGAAGUUUUCCAGAAACCUCUGACAAUAGAUGGUUACUUUGUGCCAAGAAUAAUGUUGUUAAAACAUUUGUGUUCUUGCCCAAAAUGAUGACAGGAAAAUCUGUCCUCAUGCUGAAAUUAUGCAUAUUUUGUAAUUGAAGCUAUGAUAUCCACAGAAACAUUUUCUAUGGGACUAUUGCCUGAAUAGCUGCCUCAUAGUACCAAAAUAAGCUCUGUUGUGUAUGUUGUUGUAUCUCACUUCUGCUCUUUGCUAAAUAUUGUUGCAUCAUUACUCUCAGUAAGAGUGACUUCUUACAGCUGUAAUGGGACCAAACUAUACGAUUGGAAGUCAUGCUGUAUUGGAUCAUAUAAAGAAAAUAAAGUUCAAUAAUGUAUGCAGAGAACAAGCAAAGUAAAACAUAUAGGAAAGAGGUGACUAUUUUCAUAUUUUGUGGUUUUCGUUCAUAUGCACAGCCUUGAAGAAAAAAUGAAUGCCUUCUUGUUAAAAUAAUAUUUUGUCGAAAAUUUAUAUUUACAUAAUUUAACAAAAUGGGGUAUGGUUAACUUACCUAGACUAAAACGGAAUAUUAGGAGAGGGCUGCAAAUGUUAUGUCGGAAGAAUGGAGCGUAUGAAAAUUGUUCCCAUGGUAACGACGUGGAGGAAAAAGGAGACGAGCUGGCGGACCUGGCGCUGCUGUGAGCAGACAGGUUGCAUUUCUGGACAGCCAGUGGCCGCUCCGCAGCGCCCCGCUCCGGCCUGCCGCUGCACUGCGAGGACGAGCUGUGUGCGCCCGGUGAGCGACUGCCGCUGAAGACACAACGCCGCUGUCUGCACCCAGCAGCAGGAGGACCAGCGUCAACAGCUCAAGCAAAGUUGGACAACGGCUCCGUGGAGAAGGGUGCAAAAUCUCAAACCUCAGGAGC